UGCAGUCUGAGUCCAAGUACCCAACUCUAUAAAAUAAGAACUGUCAUGUUAAACAUAAGUAGCCUAUGUUUUAACAAAUUGUAGGCAGCGUGUACAGUCCAGUGUGCAGCAUUCAGUCAGUAGUAAGCUGGUGGUGAUCCAUUCCACAGUGAUGCACGUUAGAGGCUGCAGUCUGUAGCGCCAUCUAGUGCCUGCUGACUAUAUAAUCACAUUUGACAAUCCAAGACCAUGUGGCUUUGACAUCAGCAGAGAUCACAACACACCUGCACACUGACCCCAAUCCUCAUAAGGAUCUUAAUGUCAAUCACUGAGACAGUUGUCAGUCUAAUCCAACCUCUCUCUCUCUCUCUCUCUCUCUCUCUCUCUCUCUCUCUCUCUCUCUCUCUCUCUGCAAAGUCACAGUCUCGUGCAGGACAGAGGAACAAAACAAACACACACGGCCUGAUGAUUCGACAAAAACACAAACAGGAAAUUAUGGCAUCAGAUUUUCAGGAAAGUUUGACCUGCCAAGGGAAAAAUGCGAUGAUCCAUCUAAGUGGCUGUGGUAUUCAGCUGGUGUCUAACAAGGGCCGUCUCUCACGCACACCUGCCCUCCAUCUGUUACCGACACAUGGUCACAUGACGCUCUCCUCCUCCUCCACACAGGAUCAUAGAGCUCCUGUUCAGUCCUCAGAGCAAGAGAAAGCGGCUGAGAACCUCCCCCUGAGACGCCCUCUGAAACUUGCCCCGCUAGAGCUCCCCCUAGAGGUGAGAGAGGCACAGUGGCAGAAGAUCAGAAGUGCUCAGGAGGCCAAAGCACCGGGCUGUAUUUCACAGGGGGCGUAUCCAAGAAAAGCAAAGGUUUGUUUGCGGGACCGCCCGGCCAAGUCACCGGAACGCUCCCGUCUGGGUACCAUCACAGUGCCCCACAAACCACUGCUACCUGUCAAUCAAGUCAAGCUUGGUUCUGAUAGGCCAGAGGGGAAGGAGGCGGGGCGAGGGGAAGUUGGCACGGCACAUCCUUCUGAGAACAACUGCCAAUCAGAACACGGCAACAGCCAAUCAGCUGCUCCAGCUAGAAACCAGGAAACAGAUAAGAGGCGUCUAAGACUGCGAAGGACCCGAGUACUAGAGGAGGAUCAGGGCAAAUCCAGCUCCUCAACAGGUGAUGAGAGCAAACAGGCCUCAGCCGGCCCGGGCAAGGGUCAGCGCGCCGCCGACAAGGCCAUCAGAGAUGCCAGCCGUGUGCUGCAAAAGGCAUCAUGGAACCUGCGGGAACCUGGGACUCGUGAGAUGGAGGCAGUGGGUAAAGUUGGGAGAAGGAUGGCUGUUAAUGACAUUCAGGAAGCCGUGCUCUGACUCUUUGACCCGAAGAGGAAGUUCAACACGUGGUUUUGGGGUUAGAGACUUGAACAUGGCAAAGCAGAGGAUUUCUGAAAACUGCCCAGUAAUGUAGAAAACAGAACAUUCCUGAUCCAAAUAUUUGUGUAGUGUAAAUGACAGAUUAUUUACAGUGAGUCAGUCAGCGAUUAUCGCAAAAUAAACCCAGACAGGGUGAUCAGGACUUGGACAUGAACUUUAUUACACUAUGCUUACUCAGUAAAUAAUAAUAACAAAAAAUAUCUGUCAUGGGACUCAUGGAUGUGUGUGUGAUUUAGUGCUGUCAAAACGAUUAAUCGCGAUUACAUCUAAUGUUUGUGAAUAUAUAAUGUGAGUCAGUGUAUGUGUGUGUAUAUGUAUGUUAGAUGCAAUUAAUCUAUUUGACAGCAGUAAUAUAUGCAUUUUUAAUUAGAUACAGCCUAAUUUGCAUAUUUGGAAAUAACAUUGCAGAAAAGCUGUAAUAUAAAAUUUUAUGUCAUAAUGCACUGUGAUUAAUUAACUGGGGAAGUAUGGUAAUGUUUAAUAAUUAGGGCAUAACAAAUACCACGAAAUUACCCUGGUGUCUUGCUUUUAAAUGUUAAUUUAUGCAGUUUAUCAUUGUUACCUGCAGAACGCUUCGAGUGACCAAUCAGAAUCCAGUAUUCCGGUGAGCCGUGUAAUAAAAUCCAUUUAUGUUCUUUAUAUAAGACGAUUAUUGUUGCUAAAACUAGAUAAAAAUAGAAAGUCCACAUUGACAGUCUAAGAAAAAAAGUUUAUCAAAACUAAAUUUCAGUGAUCACUUCUGUUCCUAUUUACAUAAAUCAAUAACAUGUUGCUAUGUCUAACGCAAUCUGAGAUUAAUAAAUAAAUAAAUAAAUCUAUCUUCUUUCAAGGGACAGUGCUAAAUUACUAAAAUGACUUUGAAUGUCAUAUAUAGCUAGCACUAAAAUAACACUUUGUAAAAGCUGCAAAGGCAACAGAACACUAGCUGUGGUUAUUAUUGUGAUGGAUUAUGGGAAAUGAGUACUUUAUUGUUAAUUAAACCAUUUUUAACAAGUUUAUCCUAUUCAAGGUUGCUGUUUGAGUGUGAUGAACAUUGUAGUAGGCUAGUAACGUUAGCUGAAGUAUUUUUUUUAAGUCCCCCGCCCUGUGGUGAAAAUAUGAUUUUUAAUGUUAGCCUAUUUGUCUUUGUGUUGUUUUUAAUGUGCUUUAAGAAACCAUGUGCAAAAUAAUAAGUCAACAACACCAUGCUGAGUCUUUUCUCAUUAAAACGUCAGUGAACCAAAGAUCUCAAAAUCGUGGUUUGAAAUCUGAUGUCACAAACUACCUUGUAAUCAAUCAUGUCAAGGUCCCGGCGGGCUUUUGCAUAUUAUUAACAGCGAACCAACAGGGAGUUCCAGGAAGGAUAUCCAGGUAGCCUUAGCCUAUAUUUUCUGUUGAUAUGAAAAAAAUAAUUGGGUAGAUUUAGCAAUAUAACGUGCGUGAGUUGUUCAAAGCAUUUCUAAUGAUUGUUAGAAGGAUGUUGCCCGACUCUGACAUGGUUUGUGUAACAUAGCUGUUGAUAACAAACCAGACAUUAGACAAGCAAAGGCUAAAUUAGCCUGGCUAAUUAUGUUAAUUACCAAUGUUUUAUGAAACGGUUAGUUCGAAUCCUUGAUUCUGAUUGGUCAAGAGCUGCGCUUUAUUC